AUGAAAUUAUCUACUUCAACAGAAUGGUUAUAUUUUCAUUUAUGGAAAAAAAACCCUGAAACCCAAUCAAGUUGUCCCGGUGUAUUUAUUCCAGACACUGUCAUAUAUAGAUGGGCACAACCUUAUUAUUGGUACUUCACUAACCGAAAUGGUCAAUUAAUUCGCAAAACAAAAGAAAGAAUCGAAAAUUAACAUUUAAAAGAAGAAGUUCCUGCACUUAUAUUUAAAUUAUGGAAAAACAUUACUCCCUAAAUAUAUAAAAAAUUAAAAAAUAAUCACUCUUGGUUACAAUUAACAACUAAAGUUUGCGAAUAAUGCUAUAUUGAAUACACUGAAGGUACUUUAGAGAGUACUUUUAUAAUAAACCAAAGCGGGUUAUUAAGAGAAAUAAAAGUGAAUAGAUUAGAAACUUUAUCUAAUGGAGUUAGAGUAGCCGUUGAACCUUCAACUGCUGUUGGACUUGCAUCAGUAUCAGUAUGUGUAAAAGCUGGAACAAGAUAAGAAACUUUAUAAACAUCUGGAGUUUGUUAAUUCUUAAAAAAAUUAAAUUUAAGAGGUACAUAAAAAAGGAGCCGUGAGCAAAUAGAAAACGAAUUAUCUAAUUUUGGAGGAAAUUUGAAUGUAAAAAUUGGAAGAGAAACUACAGUAUACACAUUAUCAUUCCAGUCUUCCUAAAUGGAACAAGCAGUCGACUUUUUAGGUGAUAUUCUCCAAAAUUCAGUCUACAACAAAUCUCAAAUAGAAGCUGAAAAAGAUGCAAUAUACCAUAAUGCAGUAACAAAUUAAAAUAAUUAAGAAAGUGUUAUUUUAGAAUCUGUCCAUUUCACGUCAUAUAGAGAUCAUUUUAUGGGUUAACCUUCACAUGGUAUAAGAGAAAAUAUUCAUAAUAUAACUGAAGAAGAUGUCAUUUAAUUCCAUAAAGCCAACUAUGUAGCUGAAAACUUUGUAAUAGCUGGUGCAGGAAAUUUGAAUUAAGAAGCUUUUCUUAAAGCUGUAUAAAAUUCUUUCGGAAAUGUUUAAAAAAAGAUAAUUUAGUUCCUGUUGUUAAUUCUGAAUAACCUUACUUCACACCUUCUGUGGUAAAUAUUUUUUUCAAUAUAUUUAUACAAUAUAUUUUUUUUAAAGAUGACAAUGAGAGACGAUGAAUUACAUAAUGUUAAUAUAGGUGUAUUUUUCUCAGCUCCUUCUUGGACAGACCCUGAUUUCUUCGCCAUGCAUUUCUUUUAGAGAGUUUUAGGUGAAUAUCAAGCUGACAAAUAUACAGGAUAGCAUUUAAAUACAUCUGAUAGAUAAUAUAAUUUAUUACAUAAAGAAUUAGGUAAUUUACCUGAUGUUACUUUACAUAAAUGCCAUUAUUUACCUUAUUCUGAUACAGGACUUUUCGGUAAUUAUUUAUUUGGAAAUGAAGUUUUUGCUAAUUAAAUGUUAUUCCUUUCUUAAAUGAUUCUUACUGAGUAUGCCUCAUAUAUCAACUAGGCCGAAGUCUUUAGAGCCAGAGCAAAAAUCUUCAAUGAAUUAUUAGCUGAAUAAAAUUCUGCAGAUGUCUCUUCUACUAUUGCAAGUUAAGUUACUUAUUUGAAUCGAAGAAUUCCUAGAAGUGAAUUCGCUAGAAGAAUUUCGAAUUAUGAUUAAGGUUUAUUAAAUAGAGCUGCCACUAGAUGGUUCUGGGAUAAGGAUAUUGCAGUUGUUACUUGGGGACCUGUUCAUCACCUUAUGUCUGGAUCUAUGUACAAUAGACCUAUUAAAAGGUCUACUUUGGGAUGGUAUGGAAAUACUUAAUAUAUUAGCCAUUGAACAAAAACAAAAAAACAUAUUUUUUAUACAUAUUUGAAAUAAAUGCAUAAUAUUUUAUUAAAAUAAAAUUAUUAUUUUAAAUCAUUUUUUUUUAAUAAAAAAGUAUUUUAAUUAAGAUAUAAAUAAUAUUUUAUUUUAAUUAAAAAUUUAAUUCUUUU